UGCAGAUGAUAUUUCAGUUAAAUUGCCAGUAAGCAUGCUAUUUACUUCAAAAUUGGUGCUAGUGAAUGCAGUUGGUCGUUGCCAUGACUAUUAACUUGGACAGCUAGUCAAUUCGACUGUGCAUGCUCAAGGACAUUGCGCAUGCGCUGAUGAUUUCUCUAUUUAAUUGUUACUAGGCAUGCUAUUUACAUACUAUUUACAACAGUAAAGUCUUGCAUAAAAUCUUUCACGAUCUUGCAAAAAUAAAAUCUUGCCAGAUUUUGCCAUGACAUGGUAACUUCUUGCACGGUCUUAGGACGAUCUUUGUAGGAUCAUGGUAAGAAAUAUAAAGAUCAUAAAAAUUUUUUAUCAGAUUUAGGCUAAUUUAUUUUCACUUUUCCCGCUAUUGUCGAAUUGUUCUUUUUUUGUGCUAUUUCCUGUCGACGCCACACCCGAUUCGUGUAAAUGGCUGUCAAUUAUAUAAACUAAAUUAAAAUUGGCGAAAUAAUAACAACUAAAACAACCUUUUGGGCCAAAUACCCAUAUGAAACAAUAAAAUAAUAAAGAAAAUGGACGAAAGCAAGGAGUGUGAUAAGACUAUUUAUUCACUUCAACAAAGUUGGUAAAAAUGGAAGAAAACAAGAAGUAUGACGAAGUCGUUCUUUCGAAAAUCAGAAAAGACCCAGUUGCAUUUGAUUUACAAAUCAGCUUAUUUAUGUCUGCUUUGAAGAAUUAUCGCCAUGAUAGUCUUCUUAGACCGUUUCCUUCUAGCUUCAUUAAGGAAAAUCAAGAAAAAGAUGUCAAUGAGUUGAGAAAUGUGGCGAAUGAAAUACCAGCUAUUAAAGUAUUAAGUGAAAAUAAGAAUAAUAUUUGUAAUGAUGUUUGGCAGCUGCUUGAUUGGAUAACUAACAGCAGAAAUUUUAUAAUUCAACAGGUUCCUAUGGAAAGCAAGUUUCAAGAGAUAACAAACAAGACAGAAAAUUCCAAAACCUUUCAUAAACCUUCACAUAUAUUUGAAGUGAUGUAUGAGGAAAGUGCCAAUAGAAAGUUUCAUGAAAUUGCUGGAAACAUGGAAGUACUUUAUGGUUAUCAUGGAAGUCGAGUGGAAAAUUUCCAUUCCAUUUUGCAUAACGGACUUCAUGCUCAUUUGAAUAAGGUAUCACUCUUUGGAGAAGGAACUUACCUCUCAAGUGAUCUUAAUGUUAGCAUACUCUAUAGUAAAUUUGGGGAAGGCUGGAGGCAUAGUUUAUUGGGAAAAAAGAUAAGCUGCAUUGCAGUUUGUGAAUUUGUUGAUCAUCCAGAUGUGAAGAGAUCAGUUCAAAGUCCAGGUCACAGUCAAUCUAGAGUCCCAAAUAGUUUAAGUGGUGAUGUUCCAGAAAAGUAUUUUGUUGUCACAAAUAAUCAGUUAGUUCGAGUGAAGUACUUAAUGGUUUAUCGCUCCAGCUAUGGACAGAGCAUCUGUCAUUCAUUUUGGAUAUUCCAACAUCCUCUUGCAUCAUUGGUCAUCAUCUACAUCUUGUGCCUUCUUUUUUUGGGCCUCUCAAGAUCAAAUAUAUUUGAAAAUUUUUAUAAACAUUUGAGAAAGUCUUAACUACACCUAAGAGGUUAAGUGAGAAUGAGGUGGAUGGAUUCCUCUGUACAAAGAAUAAACAAUUGCAGAUUAAGAUGUGAAAUUUGGGAUCAUUGUACCUGGUCCAUGGAUGAAUAUCAAUGAACACUUGUCAUGUAAAACAUCCCAUGGAGCAUCCAUCAGAAUUCCAUCAUUCAUUGCACUUUUUUAAAACAUGAUAAAAAAACAAUGCACUCUGUAUAUAGCAUUAUGUGAAAAUCUACACAAUUUGCCGUUUGUUCAUGGAAUCAUGGAAAUAUUGACGGCAAGAUUAUGGAUUUUGAAAAUUGUAAUAUAUACCCGAAAUUUGCAUUUGUCA